AUGUCGGACGUUCAGAUGAAGCAGGAAAACGAUAAGAGCGAGAAUGUUACAGCUGAAGAGAUUUCAGCAGCAUUUGAAGCAGCAACAGGACAAGAUGCAAUGGAUAGAUGUAACGCAUUGUUGAUCCACGCAUGUAAUUGCGACGACGUGCAGUGUCACGAUCCAUUGUUUCAAGUUUUAUGUUCACAUAUGAAGCGAUUUUUACGUGCAGUGUGUUGGGCGACACAUAAUAAGGAAUGGCUAUCAUAUCCCAUCGCUAAUGCCGUCAGUGAGUUCUUUACAUAUCAUGCAUUACAUUGCCAAGCGCUACAGUGUAAUGUGCCAUUAUGUCGCGAGUUACAUGGCCAAGUAACAUUAUAA